AUGUUUGCAACUUCCAAUAUGAUUGAAUCGAAAGUUAUCACUGUAGAAUUACAUGAUAUGGAUCAAGAGGGUAUUCUUCUGGAGGCAAGUAAAGUACAUCUACGCCGAGGGCGAUUUUCCCCAUCUGCCUCAUCACUUCGUGAGCGGUUUGUCCGACCCCGACAACAAAUUGGAUCGAACAAGAUUAUGAUAGUCGUCGGAGGUCAGGCACCAAAGGCAAUUCAUAAUGUUGACGCCUAUGAUCCAACUACAAUGCCAAUGGACUUCUUUAAGCCCUUUAUCGCAAAGACGUUGCCGGUGUGGUGUUGCCCUAAUCGAUCGUCAUAUCUAUGCUGUUGGUGGUUU